AACAACAUUCGCUAGAAGUUUACGUUAAAACCAAACUAAAAAUUGUAUAAAAAUAAAUUAUAUAUUGGUGGUUUCGGGAGCCUUAAAAACAAAAAUAUGGCCAAAGGCCGGUAAAAUAGGCCUAUAUUUAUCCUUCAUAAAUAUCCGAAAUACAAUUGUUUACCGGAAGGUCUCCCGAGCAAAUGCUUCGUAGAGAAAUCCAUGUGAAUCAAGUUAGAACCCGUGCGCGCGGUGUGUUGUUUACGCGGCGUCCGUGUGUAAAAAUCGAAGCCACAUCGAAACAAUAAUUACGCAAAGAAGUGGUAAAUAAUCAAAUAGAAGAGUGACCCGCCAGGCAGGGGAAACAGUGAUUAAAAGAGAGUUCUGAAAGUUAAAACAGAUUCUCCUCCAAGUAAAAGUGCGAAGUUUUGGUGUGUUUUGUUGUUCAUGUUUUUUUGGAAAACCGGAAACCCGUCGGAGUGUUUGUUGUGGUCGGUCUCCGGCAGCGGCAGCGGGCAGAGCUUAUGCAAAUGUGGAACUGCUGCCCUGCACUGCUUGUGGCACACAAAUUGCAAUCGAAGCGGAAACUUUUAUGAAUGAGUCGUCUGCCAGGAGGAGCAGCAGCUACGUGAGCGCCACGCGGGAGUGGGAGAGUGGAGCAUCCAGGCCCAUAUCCAUAUCCAUCCAAGAUGGCCUUCAGCUAUGCGUGCAUGGUGCUGCAGCGCGUCGUCGUUCCGGCGGUGCUGGUUCUGGCUUCGCUGAUGCGACCGGUGGGCAUAUCAUUUGUGUACCUUCUCAUGUUCUUCAUGUCACCGUUUGUACCCCUGGCCACGCGACGCAACUUCAAGGGAUCAGUCACCGCCUUCUUCAUCAUUCUGCUGUCGCUGAGCACUCUAGUCCUGCUGGGGCACAUCGCCCUCCAGAUAGUGGCCGUCAGCACAGCGCUGCCCAUCUACAACUGCUCCUUCAGCGAGCGCCUGCUUAGGCACAUAGGCUUCGUGAGCUUCAUCGAUCUGAAGCCCCUGGCCAUCAUUGAGUGGCUGGCCCCGGAGGUCCUGGUGUUUGCCACCUCCCUUGGCUCCUACCUCACCGUAAAGCGACUGGCCGUACAGCCCAUCACCGCCGAGCAGCUGGAGAACGGCGAGCUGAUCGAAGCCCAGUCCGCGGACCACGCCCAGUCGACCCAGCCCCCCUGCCCCACAGAUGCCAAUGGCGGAGAUGUGCAACAGGCCACGGCAACGACGCCACUGCAGCAGCAGCAGCAGCAGCUGCGGAAGCGGGUCUCCAUGAUCAGUCAGCAUAUCCACUUCGAGGGAUUGAUCAAGAUCUCGCCUCUCUUCUGCCUUGCCACACUGUUCUUUGCGGCCGCGCUGCGUCCCUCGGUGCCGGGUGGAUUCUAUUUUCUCAUCUUCCUGCUGGCCGGCACUUACUGGGCAACCUGCCGGACGCUGCAACGUGGCUUCGCCUUGCUGUUGCGCUGCGUAAUGGUCGUCCUUGUGCUCCACUCGCUGUCCAUUGUGUCCUACCAGACGCCCUGGAUGCAGGGCCACCUCAAUCACACCAGCCUGACGGCGCGUCUGAUUGGUCUGGAGCCGCUCAUUGAAUCCUACUGCUCGCCGGAUAUACGGGUCCUCCUGUACAAUAAUACCCUCUAUCUGGACUCGUACCUGAACCCGUUUGCCCUGUUCUUUGCCUACUUCGCUUUGGCUCUGACCACCAAGCAUCUGAUCAAGCCCAGGCUGGUGCGUCAGAGUACGCGGAAGGGGCGCACAGCCCAGCCCCUGGAGAGCGGAUCUUCAGUGGCAAUGGGCGGCACUCAACGCGGCAAUGAAAUACCGCUGGACUCGCUGGAGCAGCGAUCGGAGCAGGAGAACACGACCACCUCGAUACUGGAUCAGAUAUCGUAUGGCUUUGUCAGUGUGGGUGGCUUCAUCUACCAGAACAGCUAUAUAUUCACCAAUAUUCUAAUGAUGGCCUGGUCCAUAGUAUACCACAGUUGGCUGACGUUCGUCCUCCUGCUGUGGGCCAAUGUGCUGUGGAUGAUCCCCAACCAGCGGAAGGCGAUGAUGCGGUCCAGUCCGUUCAUCGUGCUCUACGCGGAGGUGCUGCUGGUGGCCCAGUACAUAUACGGCAUGGACCUGAACAACAACGAGCUUCCCACGAAGGUCACCACGGCGGGCAUCAAUCUGCAGCAGAUUGGGUUCGAGCGGCCCAUCGAGAACCACAUGCGUCCAUGUGUGCCGCUGAUCGUGAAGACAGCCUUCGUCCUGAUGUUCUGGGUGACGUCGCGGCAGUUCUUCAAGGAGAAGCGCGACCGGCGAAGGGACACCAUGGCGGACAUCAUCGCUCCGCUGCAGAUCACCGUGGGCUCGGCGGGGUCCAGCUACCUCAUCAACGACGGCAAGAAGACCUCAAAGUUCCUAAAGAAGGCCGGCGAUGUGAUCAAAAACCUGCUGGUGCGCCUGUGGAUCUGGCUACUGGUGCUGGUGAUCUUCCUCUGCGCGAUCACCGGAGAGAAUAUGACGGGCUUCCGCAUCUGCUACAUGGCCCUGUUCCUGUUCUUCUUGCUAGUAUUUCAGUCCUCGUCCAAGGCAUGGGUGAAGAUCAUGUACGGCUUCUGGCUGUUCCUCAUUUUCUACGCCAUGUCCAUACUGAUUCUGAUCUACACAUAUCAAUUCGACAAGUUCGAUACGUACUGGAACGACUAUCUUAAUGUGUCCAAGACGCUACAAAACGACAUUGGUCUGAAGCGCUACCAAACGAAGGAUCUUUUCCUGCACCUGGUCUCGCCCACGAUCAUUGUGAUCCUGACUGUGAUCCAAGUGCAUUACUUCCACAAGCGCUUCAUUGCCUCGCUGCAACAGCAGCCAGCAACUGCUGGUGCUGCCGGAGCUGGCGGCUCUGCACAGCAGAAACCCACCGAGACAACGGCUCUGGAAGCGGCGCCCUCAAAGCGUCGUGGCAGUGCCGGCUCCCUGCGGCGCUCCCAGGGUCCCUCAGGCGAGGCGGCGCCCGGCGGCGCCACCACAGACUUUGAGACCUCUGUGCGGGAUCUGGUGCGGAUUUCCUUCCGCAAGAUCAAGAACAAGUCAGAGUACAUCUUCAAGAACUUCAAGGACGUUUUCUGGCGCUUCCUGGAGCUGCACAUCAUGAAGGCCGUCUACAUCACCGCCUUUGUGUGCAGCGUGAGCGAGGUCUGCGUCCUGCACAUUGUCUUUGUGGGCUUCUGUGUGCUGGGUGCCACUUCACGGAAGGCCAUCCAAGUGAUAAUCAGCCGCGUGAUAUCGUUUAUUGUCACCAUUAUCGUCCUGUCUAAGAUGAUCUAUCAGAUUGAGUACCUGAGCCACACCCAGUACACCGUCUUCUGCUCCGACAACCGCACGGCCAACAACGCCGAGUGGGUGGGCCUCACGAAGGCUGAGAAGAUGGAGGGUGGUUUGAUGAGUCUGCUGCGCACGUACAUCAUCUACAUGGUCACUGUGACCAUGCACGCCGUGAUCACGUUGCGCCAGCUGCAGAUGAGAGUGAAGAUUGGAGCCGUGAAUGCUCCGCCCACCAAGCUGCUGUUCCCAAAUAUCAUCCGCGCCGAUGCUGAGAAGGAUCUAGUGGGUUUGGUCAAGUACCUCCUGAACUAUGCCUUCUACAAGUUUGGCAUCGAGAUAUCGCUGAUUGCCCUGGUCUCCACCAUCACGUACCGCCAGGACAUUGUGGCCGUGGCCUAUGCGCUCUGGCUGGUCGUCCUCUUGCUACUAAGGCGGUCGCAGUGCGCCAAGAUCUGGGGAGUUUUCCAGGCCUUCUUUGCCAUCUCGAUAUUGACGCAAUAUAUCAUCUUGGUGGGACUGCCGCCAAGCUCAUGUCUGGUUUAUCCCUGGGACGAGGGCGCCUUUGGGGAGAGCAUCCAGCGCUGGACGAUGCUUCCCGGGGCCCUGCACUUCAACCAUGUGCCUAAGCUGAUCUUCGACUUCAUCGUCCUGGUCAUCCUGAACCGUCAGAAGAGCAUCUUCUGCAUAGAGCAGCGCUACGCCAGCAAAGACGACUAUCCCGGAGGCAGCAAUCGUAGCGUUAUCUCGGACAUUGCCCAGCUGGGGAGGACGCCCUUCGACAAUCCCACCCACGACUUCUGCUCGUACAUUCGCAACUACUCGGACAUCCUGAAGAACGGGGUGCUGUGCGGCUUCUACUGGUUCACCCUGGCCGUGGUAUUCUUGGCCGGGACCAACAUUGCUGAUCUGCUGGCCCUGGGCUACCUCAUUGGGGCGUUCGUCUUCCUCUGGCAGGGCUCCGACUUCUAUCUGCGGCCGAUCAACACCAUCAUCAGUCGCUGGAAGUGGCUGCUGGCCUUCAACGUGGCCAACAUCCUCAUCAAGACGAGCUUCCAAAUGGCCGGCUGCUUGUUCAUGACGCCCCUGACCACCCACUGCUGCUGGCUGGUGCACAUGCUGGGCAUCACCUGCACGAGCAACGUGCUCAAGGAGCCACUGAUGCUGACCGAAGAGACGGACCUUAUAUUGGCGCCCGGUGAAUGCCCCAAGAUCACGCAUCAGGUGGUCCUGCUGUGGGACACGAUCUGCUUUGCUUUCAUCAUCUUCCAGCUGCGCAUCUUUAAGUCUCACUACUUCUGCCACAUCAUCACGGACACGAAGGCCAACAAUAUUCUGGCUUCCAGAGGAGCUGAUAUCAUUGAGGGAUUGCGCCAGAACCAGAUUGCCCAUCGCCACGGCCAUGAGAAGCAGGUCCUGCUCAAGAUCAAGCGGAAGAUGGAGCGGAUUCGGGCCACGCAGCAGAAAAUGCUGCGACCCCUGGACAAGCAGACACAUUUUGAUGGGCAACGCACGCCCUCGGAUCAGACAAUGUCGGAGGUGGCGCCCCUGGCCCACAACAGCAGCUUCACCUCCUGCCAGGGGUCCGGCUAUCUGACACCUGACGAGCAGAGCUCCUCGAGCUCAGCCACCUCAUCGCCGGCCCGGGCCUCGCUCCUGUCCAGCUGCGAGAGCAGCGACGAGAGCGCGGACAGUGCCGAUGCUUGUGUGGUCAUUGAGCCGGAGAUCAAUGUGAUGCCCUGCGAGGAGCUUACGGAGUACGCGGACGUGCAGUCGGCCAGUGAGGAGGAGGCCACUGUGGCAGCGGCCCUGCCACGACUGGAACCCAUCGCCCCGACGACAGCUGUAAGUUUUGGGGAUGUCCACACACAGGAGACUCCCACUAAAUGCAUCCAUUCUUCGAAGCCCACGACGCCCAGCACAGACGCUCUAUCUGCCCUGCUCACCGAAGGGUUCUUAGAGCCGAAAAGGAUCUCCCUGGGUCUGGCCUCCUCUGAUAUCAGUGCUUCGGGUACCACGCAUAGCCUUGCGCCUCCCAUGGUGGCCUAUGCCAACGCCAUGGCCAACAGUGGGACCAGCUCAGUGCUGUCCUCGAAUCUGACCCCGAAUCUGCGGAGGGAACACCGUCGGCAGUCUUCGACAAAUGCAGCUGUCUCCUGGAACGAGACCGUGUCCAUCAAGCGAUCCCCGCUGAGCAAAGAAAUGUCGGCAGAGCGGGAUGAGGAGGUGACCAUGCGCCAGAAGUCACUGCACCGUCGCCACCAGAGCAUGGGCAACGCCAGCUACUCCCUGGACGAGGCCGCCCAGUCCUCCCAGCGCAUGCGCCACUCCAGCAACCAGUCUGGGGCCAGGGAUGAGGCUGCCCUGCGCUCCACCCAGCGGCCGCACAGCUGGGGACCCGUGGGUACGGUCUACUAUAUGGAGUCGCUGAUGUGCGCGUUCUAUGAGCCCGCACUGCUGCAUGGACCAUCUACCCGGGCUGGCGACUACUACAUGUUCGAGGAGAUGGAUGACAAGUUCGAGCUGGACCUGAUACACGACGAGAUUGACUUUCUGGAGGAGGAGAACAUGACCGAGAGCGAGAUGAAGAUGCAGCGCCGCAAAACCCUCUAUGAUGUGUGGAAGGACCUGAACGAUGCCGAGUAUCGUCGUCAUUUCUAUAUGCGCGAGCGAUCCUACGCCUCUGAGCCGGGCUCUCGCAUAGCUCUUAAGCUAGACGACGACCAGGACAAGGCGCCCGCUCAUGACCUAGGCCUGACCGAUGGCGCGGACGACGACGACGACACCAUUGAGUGCGACCUGGGCAUGCGCACGUCGACGCUGUCCGAGCCGCUCGACUUCGGGCGCCGUAGCCAGACGCUGCUCGAGGAUGGCCUUCCGGCGAGGGUUAAAUCAAAGGAUGCUCCCGGUGCCGACUUUCCCUCCACCAGCAAGGGCAUAUCCAAGGAGCGGGAUGAAGCAGGCACGGAAGUUCCGGCGGCUCCAACCCGCGAUGUGGCUGAUCUGCCAGUGAUUCCACCGCCCCCGACCAGCUUGGGACGUGAGGCCACCUACAAGGAGACUUCGGAAAGCAAAUCCAAGAUGGAAGUCGACAGCGGCGAGGUGACGGCCAAGGACUCGGACGAGGACUUCGACACGAAUCCCAUCAUCAGGCUGCUCGAGGGCUUCUUGGUCACCCUGACCAUAAGACUGAACCGCUUCUCGCGCAACUACCGCUACGUCAAUCGCAUCUUGGCUGGCGAGAAGAAGACUCUGAAGGAAUCGAGCUCCCUGAAUCGUCUGGGCCUGUCGAGUGCUGCUGCCAUGUUCCACUUCCUCAAGUCCAACCUCGAGAGCAAUGAGAGUGGUGGCGAGCAGCCCGCCUCAUCGUCCACGCCGCGGCGGCUCCUGGCCCCGGCAAUCGUUACUCCACCAACUGCAACAGAACACACAACCACAAGCACCCCACUAAACACGAAUACAACAACCACACCGCUAUCACCACAAGUUCCACCGACACCACCAACAACCAGUACACCAGUACAACAGAAUCAGCCACAGAAUCAGCCUCAGCACAGUCGACUCAGUGCUGUGGACGACAUCAUCGAACUGCCCGUAGAUACCGUUGAUGCAGCCAUUUCUAGAAAACAAUCGAUCAAUUCAUCGCCGCCAGCCAAGGGCACGAUGCUCAGUCGCAAAUCGGACUGUGGCCUGCCCGAGAUCCGCAUUAAAGCGCCUUCCAUCGAGCGCGGCGCACACUAUUAUAAUCAUCAUAGUGCCGGCGGUGGCGGUGGCUCGGGAUCGCUGAGCAAGCACUGGUCCUACGAGCAGGUGGACAGCGCCGGAGACUUCAACUUGGAGGAGGAGAACUUUGCCCAGCGGGAUCAUCACAUUAUAGUGGAGGUGCUGAUCUCCUCGUGGUAUGCCUUGCUUGCCAACACAGAUCUGAUUUGCUACAUAGUAGUGUUCAUCAAUCAGGUCGUCAAUGCCAGUCUCAUCUCGUUGCCGCUGCCCAUAAUGGUCUUUCUCUGGGGCACUCUGUCACUGCCUCGUCCAACGAAAACCUUCUGGGUCACCCUAAUUGCCUACACCCAGGCCAUCGUUCUGAUCAAGUGUAUCUUCCAGUUCAAGCUAAUUUGGGCGAACUAUCACAACCUGCCCAAUCAGCCCUUGACGGCCGCCAAGAUCUUUGGCGUGGAGAUGAAGACCCACUAUGCAGUGUACGACUUGAUGCUGUUGCUAGUGCUCUUCUUGCACCGCUAUCUGCUCAAGUCGCAAGGUCUGUGGAAGUCAGGCUACAAGGACACAGAUCAGCAGUUUGCCAAACCCACCGCCAGCAUCGAUGACCGAGACGACAGCGACAACCUAUCUCAACCCGACUCUCGCCAGCUAAACGAUGAUGCAGCCCAGAAGUUGAGCCUGCAAGUGAGCCAGGCAUCGUUGCCGGGCUCCCCCGAGUACAGCAAGUCGGGCAUUAAUCAGCUAGAACGAACCAAGUACACCUCCUCGCUGCACAAGUUCUUUUUUAGUCUGGUGCAUAAAUCUCGAUUGGCCACAGACGUGUAUGCCCUAAUGUUCCUGUGCGAUUUUAUAAACUUUUUUGUGCUGCUCUUUGGCUUCACAGCAUUUGGAACCCAGCAAACAGAAAGCGAUGAAGGCGUGCAAACAUAUCUGGCAGAGAAUAAAGUGCCCAUACCUUUCCUGAUUAUGCUGCUGGUCCAGUUCCUGCUCAUUGUCAUCGAUCGGGCGCUGUAUCUGCGCAAGGCCCUGGUGAACAAGAUAAUUUUCCAUUUCUUCUCGGUGAUCGGCAUACAUAUCUGGAUGUUCUUCGUGGUGCCGGCGGUGACGGAGCGUACCUUCAACUCGCUGGCGCCACCGAUCAUCUUCUAUGUGAUCAAGUGCUUUUACAUGCUGCUGAGCUCCUAUCAAAUCAAGUCGGGCUAUCCCAAGCGCAUUCUCGGCAACUUUUUCACCAAGGGCUUCUCGAUGGUCAACAUGAUCGCCUUUAAGGUAUACAUGCAGAUCCCGUUCCUGUACGAGCUGCGCACCAUCCUCGACUGGGUCUGCAUCGACAGCACCAUGACCAUCUUCGACUGGCUCAAGAUGGAGGAUAUCUUCUCUAACAUAUAUCUCAUACGAUGCACCAGGCAGUCGGAAACCGACUUCCCAGCCAUGCGCGCCCAAAAAAAGGCUUCCAUCUCGAAGCUGAUUAUGGGCGGCACUAUUGUCCUGCUGAUUGUCAUAUGCAUCUGGGGUCCGUUAUGUCUGUUUGCCUUAGGCAAUGCUGUGGGCACCUCCAAUGUGCCCUUCCAGGUGUCGCUCUCCAUCCGAAUUGGACCCUACGACCCCAUUUAUACCACCAACAACUACGAUAGCAUUUUCGAAAUUGAUCCCACGAUGUACUCGCAAAUGACUAAUGCUUAUAUCAAGGAUAAACAGGCUCUGACCUUUAUCACUGGCUACGAUGCCACGGAUGUAGCGGCGGUCAAGUUGGCUGGGAACUCGCCCUCCCUGUGGAAUAUAGCACCGCCAGAUAGGCAGCGUUUGCUGAAUGAUUUGAGAAAUAAUCAUACUUUAAAGGCCCGCUUCUCCUACACCCUUACACGGAAGGCUCCGGCCAAGGGUCUGAAAGAAAUUGUGGGCGAUGAGCAUGCCAUCUCCCUCGACGAGACAUUUGAAGGACGUGCAGCUCUCAUCAAUAUGCUUAACGAAACCCACGACUUAGAGCCAACGGGUAAUGACACCAGUACCAAUGGAACCUCUAGCUUUGAAGAAGCAGUAGUGCUGCCUGCCAUGAUACCAAAAUUCAUCAAGGUGCUCAACUCAGGCGAUGCCGCUGUGGUCACUGUGCUGAGUCCCAAGAACGAGGAAUACCGUCCUCUGGUCAUCAAAAUGCAUCGAGACAAGGAGACAAACGGUCUGUGGUGGGAAAUACGAGACUUCUGCAAUGACACCUUCUACAAUACCACUCUGAAGGAGUUUGCCUACAGCAACUGCACUUCCGGUAUUGUGAUGUAUACCUUCAACGACAAGAAGUUCCCAUCGACAUUCAGCUUCCUCACAGCUGGCGGCAUAAUUGGGCUGUACACCACAUUCGUGUUAUUGGCCUCGCGCUUCAUGAAGUCCUUCAUUGGGGGACAAAAUCGAAAGAUUAUGUUCGAGGAUCUACCCUAUGUAGAUAGGGUAUUGCAGCUGUGUCUGGAUAUAUACCUGGUACGCGAGGCCUUGGAAUUCGCCUUGGAGGAAGAUCUGUUUGCCAAAUUACUCUUCCUGUACCGUUCGCCCGAGACGCUCAUCAAGUGGACCCGUCCCAAGGAGGAGUACGUGGACGAUGAUGCCGACACCGACUCAAUGAGCGUGCGGCGUUCAGAGCAGCUGCAGCAGCACCAACAACACCAGCAGCAACAAUAACAUAGGCCCAACCCAAGCGCUUAAGUAAUCUAGAACUGGUCUACGUAUAUAGUACGUAUGGGGUUACCGUAGGUUUCAUAGUCUUUUUUUAAACAUUUUUUGUAUGAAAACGUUUGUAAAAGUAAGAAUAUAGUUAGAACUAGACAUAGAGCUAGGUACAGACGAACACAAAUCAAAACACAAAGUACACAUCACCCAUUUAUACGGCCUACAGAUAGUUCGAUUUAUUGUCACAAGUACUGCCCAUGUGUAAAACUGAAAAGUUCUAAGGUGUACACCAACUAUUUUUAACAUACAUAGAAAAUGUAUGUACAUAUUGUAUGUAUGUGUUACGAAUACCGACCAUAUACGCUAGUGUCUAUAGUUGUAAGUAAGCGAAAAGUGUUGCUGUUUGAUAGUUAAACAAAUGAAAAUACUAGUGAAUUAUAAUUGUCUAAAGAGAGAAAAUAAUUUAUUUAAGUUAAUACUAAAUUAUGUGUACAUCAAUGAAGAAGAAGAAAGAUAAACUAAUAAUAAUCAUGAAAACUCAUAUUCAGGGAAUUUUAGCAUUUUACAAAAACCGUAUGUGUAAAGAAUUAACCAAAACUGAAGCAUCCAACAAUGAAUGUUUUAUAUAUUGAUACGAAACAAUAAUAACUUGUAAUUACCAAUAUCGCUUCGAAUCGCUACGUUGCCUCUGU